AUGCCCGGCCGGCGGGCGGCGGCGGCGGCCCGGGCGGCCGGCCGGGCCCGGGCGCGGGGAGGCGGCGGCGGCGGCGGCGGCGCGCGGAGGCCGCGGCGCGGCGAGUUGUUGCAAAAGUCGCCCAACAAUGCGCUGCAGAUCCCACCCACCCGGCGGGACCGUAGUCGCUUAUCAGGGGCGUUUAUCAUUGACGGGCGCGCCGUAAAUCUGCCUGUGUUCACACGCGUGGACGAGGGCCUGGCUGGGCUCCAGGCUGCAGCUCGGGGCCGGACCGGCUCCGGGAGCCCCGAGGUAGCCGCGGCCCCGAGGCCGCCCUCUCGCUGGCUGGCCUGGCCCCCGCCCCCACCGGACACUCCCAGCCUGGCUGCGCUCGGGACAAAGCACCUUCUCUCUCCACAGGGCAUGCUCAUCGAGGGCCCACCUGGCCCGGAAGGCCCCGCCGGCCUUCCAGGACCCCCAGGAACAACGGGUCCCACUGGCCAAGUGGGUGACCCCGGAGAGCGGGGUCCCCCGGGGCGCCCGGGCCUCCCCGGGGCUGACGGCCUGCCCGGCCCGCCGGGCACCAUGCUCAUGCUGCCUUUCCGCUUCGGAGGCGGCGGCGACGCGGGCUCCAAGGGCCCCAUGGUCUCAGCCCAGGAGUCGCAGGCGCAGGCCAUCCUGCAGCAGGCCAGGUUGGCGUUGAGGGGACCGGCUGGCCCGAUGGGUCUCACCGGGAGGCCUGGCCCCAUGGGUCCUCCUGGGAGUGGGGGUUUGAAGGGUGAGCCAGGAGACAUGGGGCCUCAGGGUCCCCGCGGUGUGCAGGGGCCGCCUGGCCCGACGGGAAAGCCUGGGAGACGGGGCCGAGCCGGCAGUGACGGUGCCCGAGGAAUGCCGGGGCAGACCGGCCCCAAGGGCGACCGCGGUUUCGACGGCCUGGCCGGGCUGCCAGGAGAGAAGGGGCACAGGGGUGAUCCAGGUCCUUCUGGCCCACCGGGACCCCCAGGAGACGACGGAGAGAGGGGGGACGACGGAGAAGUCGGGCCGAGGGGGCUGCCUGGGGAACCGGGGCCACGUGGUCUGCUCGGGCCCAAGGGGCCACCGGGCCCCCCCGGACCUCCCGGUGUGACGGGUAUGGACGGCCAGCCAGGCCCGAAAGGAAAUGUGGGUCCUCAAGGAGAGCCCGGCCCCCCAGGGCAGCAGGGUAAUCCCGGAGCCCAGGGUCUCCCAGGCCCCCAGGGUGCGAUCGGUCCUCCAGGAGAGAAGGGACCCCUGGGCAAGCCAGGCCUCCCGGGAAUGCCAGGCGCCGACGGACCCCCGGGGCACCCCGGCAAGGAAGGCCCCCCCGGCGAGAAGGGAGGUCAGGGUCCACCAGGCCCCCAGGGACCCAUCGGCUACCCAGGCCCUCGCGGAGUGAAGGGAGCAGAUGGCAUCCGAGGCCUGAAGGGCACCAAGGGCGAGAAGGGUGAAGACGGCUUCCCUGGCUUCAAGGGCGACAUGGGCAUCAAAGGUGACCGGGGCGAGGUCGGCCCACCCGGUCCCAGGGGCGAAGAUGGCCCUGAGGGCCCCAAGGGCCGUGGCGGUCCCAACGGUGAUCCUGGACCUCUGGGGCCCACUGGGGAGAAGGGAAAACUCGGCGUCCCUGGAUUGCCAGGGUACCCAGGACGACAGGGGCCAAAGGGCUCCAUCGGAUUCCCCGGCUUCCCCGGUGCCAACGGCGAGAAGGGCGGCAGGGGGACGCCUGGGAAGCCUGGACCGCGAGGACAGCGAGGCCCGACGGGUCCCCGGGGUGAAAGAGGCCCGCGAGGCAUCACCGGGAAGCCCGGCCCCAAGGGCACCUCUGGAGGCGACGGCCCAGCCGGGCCCCCCGGCGAGCGGGGACCCAACGGACCCCAAGGACCCACAGGGUUCCCCGGGCCCAAGGGCCCCCCGGGCCCCCCGGGCAAGGACGGGCUCCCAGGACAUCCUGGACAGAGGGGCGAGACCGGUUUUCAAGGCAAGACCGGCCCUCCAGGCCCCCCAGGUGUGGUCGGCCCUCAGGGUCCCACGGGAGAAACGGGUCCGAUGGGCGAGCGUGGCCACCCCGGGCCUCCCGGGCCCCCCGGUGAGCAGGGCCUCCCAGGCCUUGCGGGAAAAGAAGGGACAAAGGGUGACCCAGGUCCUGCCGGCCUCCCUGGCAAGGACGGCCCCCCAGGACUCCGCGGCUUCCCUGGGGAUCGCGGGCUGCCAGGCCCAGUGGGCGCACUUGGACUGAAGGGCAGUGAGGGCCCUCCCGGCCCCCCAGGGCCUGCAGGAUCUCCAGGGGAGAGAGGCCCUGCCGGGGCUGCUGGGCCCAUCGGCAUUCCUGGGAGACCUGGGCCCCAGGGGCCUCCAGGGCCUGCUGGAGAGAAAGGGGCCCCUGGCGAGAAAGGCCCCCAAGGCCCGGCUGGUCGAGACGGCCUCCAGGGCCCCGUGGGGCUCCCUGGUCCUGCUGGCCCCGUGGGCCCCCCUGGAGAAGAUGGAGAUAAGGGGGAGAUCGGGGAGCCCGGGCAGAAGGGAAGCAAGGGCGACAAAGGCGAGCAGGGUCCUCCUGGGCCGACAGGUCCCCAAGGCCCCAUCGGACAGCCGGGCCCCUCGGGCGCUGACGGGGAGCCCGGGCCCCGUGGCCAGCAGGGCCUCUUCGGGCAGAAAGGAGACGAAGGUCCCAGAGGCUUCCCCGGGCCCCCCGGGCCGGUGGGGCUGCAGGGUUUGCCGGGCCCUCCUGGCGAGAAGGGUGACACCGGGGACGUGGGCCAGAUGGGUCCCCCUGGUCCCCCUGGCCCCCGAGGACCCUCCGGAGCUCCAGGUGCUGAUGGGCCGCAAGGUCCGCCCGGUGGAAUAGGAAAUCCCGGAGCCGUGGGAGAGAAGGGGGAGCCUGGCGAAGCUGGCGAGCCCGGCCUUCCCGGAGAAGGAGGCCCCCCGGGCCCCAAGGGCGAGCGAGGGGAGAAGGGCGAGGCAGGCCCCUCGGGUGCUGCCGGACCCCCAGGACCCAAAGGCCCUCCCGGAGAUGACGGCCCCAAAGGCAGCCCGGGUCCUGUAGGAUUUCCUGGCGACCCCGGCCCCCCUGGAGAGCCUGGUCCUGCGGGCCAAGAUGGCCCCCCUGGUGACAAGGGAGACGACGGCGAAGCAGGGCAGACGGGAUCCCCGGGCCCCACUGGCGAGCCUGGUCCAUCGGGACCUCCCGGAAAAAGGGGUCCCCCCGGCCCCGCGGGCCCCGAAGGCAGACAAGGAGAGAAGGGAGCCAAGGGAGAAGCCGGCUUGGAAGGCCCUCCUGGGAAGACUGGCCCCAUCGGCCCCCAGGGCGCCCCGGGCAAGCCCGGCCCUGAUGGGCUGCGGGGAAUCCCCGGGCCUGUGGGUGAGCAAGGUCUCCCGGGGUCGCCAGGCCCCGACGGCCCCCCUGGCCCCAUGGGGCCCCCCGGCCUCCCCGGCCUCAAAGGAGAUUCCGGCCCCAAAGGUGAAAAGGGUCAUCCUGGCCUCAUCGGCCUCAUCGGACCUCCAGGAGAACAGGGAGAAAAGGGUGACCGUGGUCUCCCCGGCCCCCAGGGCUCGUCUGGUCCAAAGGGAGAGCAGGGUAUCACUGGUCCUUCCGGCCCCAUCGGGCCCCCAGGGCCCCCCGGCCUGCCGGGUCCUCCUGGUCCAAAAGGUGCUAAGGGCUCUUCGGGCCCGACUGGUCCAAAGGGGGAGGCAGGCCAGCCAGGACCCCCCGGCCUGCCCGGCCCCCCGGGCGAGGUCAUCCAGCCCCUGCCGAUCCAGGCCUCGCGUACGCGGCGCAACAUCGACGCCAGCCAGCUGCUGGACGACGGGGCCGGCGAGAGCUACGCGGACUACGCCGACGGCAUGGAGGAGAUCUUCGGCUCGCUCAACUCGCUGAAGCUGGAGGUGGAGCAGAUGCGACGGCCGCUGGGCACGCAGCAGAGCCCCGCGCGCACCUGCAAGGACCUGCAGCUCUGCCACCCCGACUUCCCCGACGGUGAAUACUGGGUGGACCCCAACCAAGGAUGCCCCAGGGACUCCUUCAAGGUCUUCUGCAACUUCACGGCGGGCGGCUCCACCUGCGUCUUCCCCGACAAGAAGUCCGAGGGGAGUAAAAUGGCCCGCUGGCCCAAAGAGCAGCCUUCCACCUGGUAUAGUCAGUACAAGCGAGGCGCGCUGCUCUCCUACGUGGACGCGGAGGGCAACCCCGUGGGCGUGGUGCAGAUGACUUUCCUGCGGCUGCUGAGCGCCUCCGCCCACCAGAACGUCACCUACCACUGCUACCAGUCGGUGGCCUGGCAGGACGCCGCCACGGGCAGCUACGACAAGGCCAUGCGCUUCCUGGGCUCCAACGACGAGGAGAUGUCCCAUGACAACAACCCCUACAUCCGCGCCCUGGUGGACGGCUGCGCUGCCAGGAAGGGCUACCAGAAGACGGUGCUGGAGCUGGACACCCCCAAGGUGGAGCAGCUGCCCAUUGUGGACAUCAUGUUCAACGACUUCGGUGAAGCCACACAGAAAUUCGGAUUUGAGGUGGGGCCGGCGUGCUUCAUGGGCUAGGAGCCCCCGGUCUCCAGAGAGCAACCUCGUGACCUCAGCACGCCCGCCCCCACUCCCGCCCCGCUCUGGCGGCGCCCGGACCCCAGGCCCAGACAGAGCACGAGGGAGAGAGCCGUGCCCCGCCCGGAGCCGAAUCACAUGACCUAGCCGCACCACAGCUGCCUGGGGCCGGCCCGUCUACACCGCGAGCCACAGGCAAGGGAGCCACCGCGCCCGCUCUGCCUCCGUGCCGCCGGGGACUGUGGGCACGGGCGGGGCUGGGGCCGCGUCUCUGGCUCUCACUUCCUUCUUAAUUCGACUUGAAGAUGUGCAUUCCCCUUACCUUCCAAAAGUGUCCUGGGCGGGCCUCGCCGAGGUCAGCCGGUGCCACCAAAGCCCCCCCACGGUCCGGCGGGAGCCUCUCCCGUGGACCCACGGUGCUUAUGUUUUUGUGAGUUGUGAGUAAAUAUUUGUAUUGUGUUGUCAUA